CGAGAAGGUGCACUGGGCUCAGGUCAGGCAACGAGAAACAAAAAGAAACAGGGGGAGCAGGUUGGUGUGAGAGACGGUGUGGCGGCGUUGGGCACAUCCGGUGCGUGGGACGGCGAGGCCCAGUAGCCCAAGCCUGUUUUCUCCUUCUUUUUUUUUUCCGGACACGUCACUGUGGUGAAGACAGCCGCUCCCAAAAAAAAAAAAAAAAAAAAAAAAAAAAACAGCCGCUCCCAAACUGCCCCUUCCAAAACUUUCAUUUGGCGUUCUGCGCACGAGUGUGACAACCAUUGGAAAGGUGCCAUGCUAAUCUUUGACUGUGUGGCGACCAACGACAAAGGAGCCCCGUUUGUGUGACCACAGCCAUCGAUUAAUUAGUGUAGGCUUCAUCCAUCUGGACCGCUCUUUCCCGAUGGCGAUGGGGUCAGGGGCAGCCAUGAUGACAGUGGCACCGCCAAGGUCAUCGACAGCCAGCAGCCUGCAUACGGCUCGGUCUCAGCGUACGAAAUUAUGUCAAGCCGACACGUGUCAGAAUUUUGUUGCCUGCCACAUUGGUAAUACAUUAACCAAUGACUCUCGUGACCGAAAUAGGGGAGCGACCACCUCCUCAUCCUCCGUCACUUGCACGGGUGUGUCGGUGUUUCGACGGGAAAGCACAUUGCUCGGAAAAGCCACAGAGAACAAUGAUUGGCUGGCUGGAGAGAGCGGAAGGCAAAGAAUGCUGGGGGGGGGGAUAGAUGGGAUUGGGGGGGGGGGGGGGGGUUCACGCCCGAUUGGGGUUAUUAAUAAUGGUAAAAAUAAUGCCCGUUCACCAGGUCGAAUGGGCGUGAGGUGUGCGGCUGAGCGGGCGACAAAGGGGGGGGGAUUUUUUGAGCGCAUUGGGCGGGUUUUUAAGGAAAAGGCGAAGAGCGACAUCGAGCGGCUGUUCUCCGGUGUGAGCAAGACCAGAGAUAAUCUUGCGCUCGUGGAUGAAUUGCUGACUUAUUGGAAUUUGAGUGACUCCGAGUCCACGUUGGAAGAACUAGAAGACGCCUUACUGGUGGCGGAUUUCGGUCCCCGAACUUCUCUGAAGAUAACUGACAAGAUCAGAGAGGAGGUCCAAGCCGGCAACCUGAAGACUGGUGCCGAAAUCAAGCAAGCACUUAAGCAAACCAUCCUCGAUCUGUUAACUCAGAAGGAGGUUGCAUCUACAGAGUUAAACUUAGGAGCCAGUCAUCCAGGGGUAAUUAUGGUGGUGGGUGUGAAUGGUGGUGGGAAGACAACGACCAUUGGAAAGCUCGCCCAUCGGUUGAAGAAUGGGGGUGCAAAGAUCCUGAUGGCGGCCGGAGAUACGUUCCGAGCGGCAGCUGGGGAGCAGCUGGAGGUUUGGGCGGCCCGCACAGGUUCGGACAUAGUCCAGGCUGAAGGUCCCAAAAGUAGACCAGGUUCGGUCUUAUCUCGAGCAGUGAGAAAGGCGCUAGACGAUGGCGAUGUGGAUAUUGUUCUAGCGGAUACUUCAGGGAGAUUACACACCAAUUUUGAUCUCAUGGAAGAACUUAAGGGUUGCAAACGGGCCAUAACAAGAGCAAUGCCGUCUGCCCCUCAUGAGGUGUUGCUAGUGCUUGAUGGGACAACGGGGCUGAACAUGCUGCCUCAAGCGCGUGAAUUCAAUCAGGUUGUCGGUGUGACUGGCUUCGUGCUGACAAAGCUUGACGGCACCGCCAGAGGUGGAUGUGUCGUCAGUGUCGUUGAUGAGCUCCGUAUUCCCGUGAAGUUCGUUGGUGUUGGAGAGGGGCUUGAUGAUUUGCAACCCUUUGAUGCGCAGACCUUCGUCGAUGCGUUAUUUCCUUCCUGAUCUCUAACCCCUACUCUUCUUCCUUGAUUCUCGCUUCCACAUUAAAAAAUCCUUUUGAAACUCUUGCAGACAUUGUGAUUGAUAGGUUGAUAGAUUGAUAGAUGUGAUUGAUUGGUAGAUUGAUAGAUUUGAUUGAGAUUGAUUGAUUGAUAGAUGAGCUUGCUAGACUCCUUGAUAGAUUUAUAGAUUGACUGGUAAAUUGGUAGACUGCUUGAUUGAUUGAUAGGUAGGCUUGAUUGAUUGAUAGGUUGACACAUUGAUUGGUGCAUAGAUGCGCUACUGCCUUUGUGAUCUGCUCCUCUUCUUUCUUGGUUCUUUCUGCCGUCUUUCCUUUUCAAUUCAUCCAUGCAUGGAUGGAGAGAGAGAGAGAGAGAGAGAGAGAGAGAGAGAGAGAGAGAGAGAGAGAGAGAGAGAGAGAGAGAGCUGCUUUUUUGCGUUUCGUGUCGGUUCCUUCAAGGGCGUCGCAGAGCUGCUUUUUUGCUUUUCGUGUCGUUUCCUUCAAGGGUGGCGCAGGUUCUUUUUUUUUGUGCGUCGCCUUGAAGGUCGCCCGGCUGAUUGUGUAUUUGAAUACACAAAGACCAGAUUUGUUCAAAUACAAGUACAUGCCUCAACCCUGCGGAUGAGCAUACCAAUC